AUGCAGGUCUUAACAGGCCAUUGUCUACCUGAUGAUGCUCCACUGCCACUUUAUGUAUGGGGAUCACCAGAUGAUUGGGCUCCAUACUGCAGUCAAAUAGAAUUCAAACUUGCCAAGUUUCUUUUUGAACAUGCAGAAAUGCUGGUGGCAAACCCACUAUUGACCAACCACAUGGAUCUCUAUCAUGUAAUAGACAGCAUGUCUGUUGGUGCAGUCAAGUGGGAACACUUCAAAAUCACUUACAAGCACAACCAGGAUGAACCCAAGGCCCCUUGGAUGUUUGACAUCUAUGAUGUAUGGUAUCGAGACCCCCAUCAAGUUAUCCACAACCUCCUUGGAUGUGCUGACAUUAAGGAUGAAAUGGACUUCAUACCAUACUGGGAGUUCAAUGCUGCAAGUGACCAGAGGCAUUGGAAGGAUUUUAUCAAUAACCCAUUGGUUGCUGGAGCAACAUUGGUUCCCAUCAUCCUUGGCAGUGACAAGACCACUUUUUCCAUUGCAACUGGGCAAACAGAUUACUACCUGCUCUAUCUUUCCAUUGGAAAUGUGUGCAACACCACUUGUCAUGCACACUGUGAUGCAGUAGUGCUCAUUGGAUUUCUUGCAAUGCUGAAGAUGACUAGGGAGCAUGCUAAUACACAAGUGUUCCAUAAAUUCAAGAAGCAGCUCUUUCAUUCAUUGCUGGCACACAUUCUUCAGUCACUUGGUCCUGUGAUGACAGUUCUGGAAACAGUACUAUUUGCUUGCAUAGCUGACUAUGAAGAGCAGGUCCUCUUGUCAUGCAUUGUGUGUAAAUGGUGUCCAAAAUGUCUCGCACAUUGGGAGAACCUUGACGAAGAUGCACUCUGGCAUCACCACAAGCACACUGAAUUGAUCAGCAGGGAGUUGGGCCCUCUGACACUUUGGGAUGAAUAUGGCAUUGACAGAGAUAUAGUGCCAUUUACAAUCAGGUUUCCACAUGCAGACAUCCAGAGAAUGCUUUUUCCAGACAUUCUCCAUCAACUCAUCAAGGGUGGAUUCAAAGAUCACCUGGUUGACUGGGUGGAAAGGUAUAUAUUGCAGCCAUUGAAGGCUAUGUCCUGCAGGAUGUCAGUCCACACAUUUUGUGCCUUUCUUGAGUUUUGUUACCUUGAUGCACUUGCACACUUCCACUCAUAUUGUGAAGUCUUCUGGAAUGCUCAAGUAGUCACUACAUUUUCAUUACCCUGGCAACAUGCUAUGAAGCAUUAUCCCUAUCUUAUAUGCCAGUUUGGUGCACUGAAUGGGCUCUGUUCAUCAAUUACCAAGUCCAAACAUAUCAAAGCAGUCAAGUGGCCUUAUCAGCAUACUAACCACUUUCAGGCUCUUGGACAGAUGCUUGUGAUCAACCAGAGGCUUGACAAAUUUGCUGCAGUGCAUGCAGACUUUGAAAAACAUGGUAUGUCGAGAGGGACUUGCCUGUCACAUGUGCUUGUGAAUCUUGAACAAUAUACUAAUAAAACUAGUAAUGAGACUAACCACAAUGUGUCAAACAAUCAGGACUGCAAAGAUGGUGCUGAUGAACCCACAGCAAGUUUUGAAGAGGACCCAGGUGAUAUGGACAACUCUCCUAUGGACCUAGCAACCAAACUUAACAUACCCCAGCUCCUCAAUAUCUUGCGCUGCUUUCUUCAAUUGCAGCUUCAGCAAGAUGUCCCCAAUCUGGAAGAUGUCCCCUUGGAUGAAUGUCCCUUUUAUGAUGGAUGUAUCUGUGUCUACAACUCUGCAUCCUCAACAUUCUAUGCACCCAGUGAUGUGAGUGGCCUCCACAGCAUGAAUCACAAACACAUACAUUGUUCCCCUACAUGGAGGAACAAAGGCCCCUGUUAUGACUGUGUUUUCAUUGUGACUAAUCCUCAUGUGGAGGGCAUGCUUGGGCUGGAUGUCACUUGCAUCCUGUGCAUGGAGUAUCCUUGUGUGAUUGUAUGUUGGUUUGACCAUAUAGGAGAUGGCCCAGAUACCUGCACAGGAAUGUGGAUAGUUUGUGCAUGCAACACCCAAGACAUUGCUAUCAUCCACAUCAAUACUAUCUAUCAUGCAGCUCAACUCAUUCCUGCAUAUGCAAACCACCAAAUCAACCCAGCAAGCAUCAAGCCUAACAAAUCAUACAACAAGUUUCUCCAUUACUAUGUGAAUAAAUUUGCUGACCAUCAUGCAUUCGAAAUCACCUCCUAG